CCAACACAACUCUCACCAUCAACAUCAAUCAUGCCUCAAACCGCCGACAACCUCCUCAGCGACCCUGAGAUCGCCAAUGCCUACGAAGACGUACGAUCCGACAAAUCAGCCACAACAUGGAUGGUGCUCAAAUAUAUCUCGGGCACCUCCGAUGCGUUGAAGUUGGAUUCCACUGGUGAAGGCGAUAUUGCGGAGAUGGUGGAGCAUUUGGGAGACGACGAGGCUGCAUAUGCGUUUGUGAGAAUGCAGGUUGGGAACGAUGAACUCUCGACGAGAAUAAAAUUUGUGUUUGUCUCUUGGUGUGUCAUGCGCAGAGCAAAGAUGACUACUCAAAUUGGUCAAGUCAAGCAGGUCCUGCGAAGCUACGCCAUCGAGAUUCAAACCGACAGCAAGACCGAUCUCAAGGAGUCAGAAGUCACCAUGAAACUGAGAAAGGCUAUGGGCGCAAACUACGACCGUCAAGCAUCAGGGUACUAA